AUGCGUAUUAUGCGCAUGUGGCAGCACCUCAAGAUGCUGAAGCGAGCGGGUCGAGGCCAUGAUCCCGGUGGUGUGCGAGCGACCACUGCUGGGUCUUGCGUAGUUCUUUGCCCAGCCUGCCCCCACCCUGGAAAGAAUUUGCGUCCAGACUGGGAGGAAGCUCCAGAGAGUAAGAAAUGGUUGUACUGGCUGUUUAUUGGGCUCGACACAAAUUUCCGCCUCAAAUGCAAGAAGGUUUCCUCGGACAGCGUUGAUCCCGGGCUGAAUCACGGCUACGCCUACUUCGUAGAGGAAAGGGCGUACAAGGAUUACCUCAGUGUAUAUGACUCUCUUGUGACGGAAGAGCAGAGUACCUGCAACAACCAUGAUGCUGUCAAGUUAGCCAAUAUGAGGGGCUCGGUCGCGGGUACAGCCACAAGUGGUGUCGGUGCCGUGACGUGUAUGCGGCAUGAUAUGAGGCUGCCUUGCAGUGUCGGUGAUCUCCAGAAGGGAGAACGGUAUGUCAACAUAAAUUACAUGUUCUUCUCGACCUUGGCCAACGUCCCAUCGAAGGACAUUGUCGUCUCCUACGACAUCGCUUUGGUGGCCAUUGUUGUAUGA